AUGAAGCUAAUGUUACCAAGUGCACGUCUACAGCUUCCCCUAGACAAUGCACAUUGCAGGAGUCUACCCGAAUUUGUCCUCGGCAGGAAACUUUACAAGCUUGUCCUCAGCAAGUUUCUCCACGACAUUGUUCCCGCCAAGAGCAUUCUGGCUAUCCGAGCCGGCGCCCAGCGUGUCACAAGUCUACAGAUUCAAGUCGGUGCUGUGGGGGAGGUGCCCAUAAACGAGUGCAAGCUGACUCCGUCUGAAUUUUUCGCGCAAUUACGGAAAGGUUUGAAGUGUCAUUCUCCCACAAAGAUGAAAAAGUGUAACAUGAUGUUCAAUGGACUCUUGGUGUGCGGGGACUCGGACGCUAGUGAUGUUACCAAAGACAGUGGCGCCACCUGCAGCCUAGUUGACAGUUCAACCGCAACUUGCGACGCGUCAUUCUAUCACAAUAAGCUACUGGCUACCCUACAGAUAAAUAAGGAGGAGACGAUAGGAGUGCAGGCGGAGAGUUUAGCAGUUGCUGAGGAGCGUAUAGCAACGCUUACGGAGCGAGCUAACGAACUCAAGAGAGAGCUUGACAGGAAAACUAAGGAGUAUCAGACACUACGUAAAAUUGGAGACUGCUGCAAGGUUGCUCAGAAUGACGCGUGUGUCCUCACAGACAAACCGAUGGAAGAUCAGAGAGCUAUAGUGACCACUUUGGAGAACAACUUGAGUGUUAUAGAGGAACUUUACAGAGAAUGCUUUUAUGAGACUGCAAAACAGGAAAAUCUAAUAGAAAUGCUCCGCGGUUCUUACUUAGAUGUGCGACUUAUUGAAAAACAGAAAACGGAUCAAAUUGGGCACCUGCAGACAGUGAUCGAUAAACAAAAAUGUUCAAUAGAUAGAUACAAAGAUAUAGCAUCGGAAGUGGACGGUCUGAAGUCGGAGAUAUCGAACUUUUUGAACACUACCACCUCGACUUCGACAAACCAGGACUCGGGUAUGUGGGAGCGUAGUGAGGACUCGCUGACGUCAGUGCCGGCCGUGCAGGACGACCUACAGGAGGUCACGGAACAACUCCUGCGUCUGCAGGACUUACUCGCUCUUGGUUGCACUUGUGGUUUAAUGGAGGAAAAUAUGAAGCUAAAGAUUGAAGCUGAGGCACUACGAAUAAAAAUGGGUGAACUACAACAAAAGCUUUCCGACUUGGAGGGAGUUCUCGCACUCAAACAUGAUACAGACCUGCAGUACCAAGCAGAAAUAGAGAAGAAACAUCAAGAAUUGGCACAAAUCCGGGAGCAACUGGUACGUUCGCAAGAAGACACGUGUGAUGCAAUGACAAUGCAGCUGCAACGAACUAAAGCGUUGUUGGACGAGAAGAUAGAAUUGAUAAGUCAAUUGAAACAAGAGAACGAGGCUCAAGCUGAGAAGAUUCAACAACUUCAGGAAGAAUUGGAUAAGGCAGACGGUAUUAUAAAAGAGAACUGCAAGAUGCGCAGCGAGGUGACGUACCUGUCGGCGCAGGUGGAGCUGUGGCGCGCCCAGCUGCAGGACUCGCAGCGCCGCGUCGCCGCGCUCGACCAGGACCUCGCGCGUACUCGCGCGCAUACGCAGGAGAUCGACGCCUGCUACAGGGAGAAGGUGGGUGCGGUGUCGGAGUUACAGACGCAGCUGGAGCAGGCGUACGCGCGCGGCGCCGCGCUCUGCGGGGAGUCGCGCCGCGCCGUCGUCGCCGUGCGGGCCUGGAUGCGACGCAUGCGGGACAAGAACAGAGAACAAGAAGCAUUACUCAAGGAAAGAGACGCUCUCUUAGAGAUGCUACAUCGUCGCCUGGAGCAGACACAGGGCGGUGCCCAGUAUAUCUGCAGCACCUGCGAGAGACUGGCACCCUGCUCCAAGUGCUUGUCCAGCAGAGGUGAGGCCAGCUUUACCUCCAAGCUGAGCCCGAGGAGGGAAUCGUGCCGCAAUACUAGCUCCAGUGAAGAGCCAAGCUGUUCGACCACUCCAACGUUGCGGGUUUUGAGGAACAAAGCGGCCGCUACCAAGCGCUGCAAGGCGUGGAUGUGUGAAGCGGGCAUGCAGUUGCCCGAGCGGCGCGAGUCGGGCAAUGACCCCGCGCCCCCGCGCCCCUCGUGCUGCGGCCUGCGCCCCCCGCGCCACGUGCGCCUCAGCCGCGCCAGCGUACAGCUGCAGCCCGGCGCGGGCCCCUCCACCUGCCGCGCGCCCCCCUCUACCUGCCGCGCGCCCCCCUCGACCUGCCGCGCGCCCAUACAGCUGCAGGCCGUCGGCCCCAGCGCGAGCUGUACGCACGAGCUUGAGCCAUGCGCGGGGCCCAGUUCGUACGCGGCGUGCAGGCCGGGGCGGGCGGCGCGCAGCCCCGGGCGGGGGCCGCUGCAGCUGCAGGGCGGCGGGGGCGCGCAGUGCGCGGCCGUGUCGCCGACGGAACAGCUGCUGCAGCGCGUGGAGCAGCUGUCGGCGGCGCUGGCGGACGGCAGCCGCCGCUGGGCGCGCGCCCGGCCCUCCCACUGA